AUGAUUUUCCAUCAUGUGACACCCUCCCGAGUCUCUGCUCCAUUUCGGUAUCCAUCUUGGGUCGAACUGAUCGCGAAGAAAAUUCCGUUCUGUCCGUUUUCCAUUCUUGUCCCUGGCUUAUGCCUUUUCCUGGCUUAUGCCUAUUCAUGCGACAUGCACAAAACACCCGUGCACAAUGAUGUUGCGGGGUUCCGUUGCAUGACAGACAUAAAUUGUGGGGGAAACCCCACCGGCUGGAUCUACGUACAACCCAACACCGGGCCAGGUGAACGACGGAGGACUGAGGGGGUUUGUUUGGGUCGACAUCGAGAUUCAACUCCACGGCCAUUAUGGUUGUUCGGACGGCGAUGA